UUCGCUUCCCGGUCGCGCACGGAGCGCCGCCGCCGUGAUUCCAGCGAAACGGGGGAAGAACGAGACGAGUUGACUGCAAUCACUCUUUAUAACAUCAAAGUUACACCAUUUUCACGUUCCUUUCGUGAAUUUGAGUCAUGUGAGGGAGCCUGUAAUGUCCACAGAGCAGGAUAAAGAUUCAUUCUCUCUAAAACGAAACCGAGGAGGUGAAGGUGGGCUGGAUAUUUUAGGCAGUCCUGGGCUGCUGUUGGGAAGUCCUGAGAAAAAGAGACGCAAGUCAAGCACACAGGCGCCGUCCUUCUCUCCUCUGUCCGAAUAUGCGCCGCCUCCAAACCCGAGCGCGGAUCACCUAAUAGCCUCCAACCCUUUCGAUGACAAUUACAACUCUCCGUCCCUGAAGCCGCUUCCUUAUUUUGGCCACUCGCAUUCCCCCGGGUUCAGUGGCUAUGGGCCGCCCAGGAUGCCACUCAGGAUGCCUUCUCCAUACGGGGCUCCUCACCAGAUGCGAAACCAGCCUCAUCUGUUUUCCCAGAAUCCCAUGGGCUUCAACCGGUCACCGGGGUUUAAUUACAUCGAAAACCCAAAUUACGGGCAGCCGUUUAGCAGCAGCAACAACGUUAUGCACUUCAGACCAAGUCCAGGAGAGCAUCACAAUCUGAACCAAAGAGCUAGUCCAGGUGGUCCGGUUUUCGGGGGAAAUCCAGCCCGGGAUGUGAGCCCAAAUCUCUCUCAGCAACAGAAUAACUUCACGCAAUCCAGCACGCCAACACCCAAACAGGACCCAAGCGAAACCGCGAACAAAAGCGCCCCCUCGCAAAACCAGAACUGUGAAGAAAACAAGACUCCGGUCAAUGAGCUAACGACGAAGAGCGGAGCGGAAAAACUCAACGGCGUCCUUCACGCCAACAGCGAAGCCUUGAAGAAGUCGCCACGACCCGCAGACGCCCGCAGGGCCGGCAAUAACGGCGCUUUGACCAAUAAUAAAGUUGUGAACAGAAGGAACACUUCCUCUUCGUCCGAGCCGGUUUAUCCGUGUGGCAUAUGCCUGAGCGAAGUGAACGAUGACCAAGAGGCUAUUCUGUGCGAGGCCUCGUGUCAGAAAUGGUUCCACAGAGUUUGCACAGGAAUGACCGAGACGGCGUACAAUCUGCUGACGGCCGAGACGUCUGCGGUUUGGGGAUGCGACGCUUGCAUGGAGGACAAAGGAGCGCCGCUGCUUAAGACACGAGAGGCAUCGGACAAUCACGAGCGUGACUGACAGUCACCGAUGUUCUGGUUGAACUUGAUUGCGUUCCAAAGUUCUGCUGCCUCCUUUUGUCUCUGCUCACCCAGAAUGCUUUUAUAUUGUUAAACACAUUUACUUUUUUUCAGCGAGUCACAAAAGGAGAAAGUCAUAGGGGUUUGGAACAAGGUGAGGGUGAGUAAGUGAUUUGAAAUCAGUUUCAGAGUGUUUGGGGCUGGAAAGAUUCAUAAAUAAUUUUGAAAGAAGUUUCUUCUGUUCAUCAAGGUUGCAUUUAUGUAAUCAAAAAUAUAGUAAAAUCAGUGAAAUAUUAUUUUAAUUUAAAAUGAAUAUAUAUUAAAAUAUAAUUUAUUUCUGUGAUCAAAGCUGAAUUUUCAGCAUCAUUACUCCAGUCUUCAGUGAUCUUCAGAAAUCAUUCUAAUAUGCUGAUUUACUGCUCAAGAAACAUUUCUGAUUAUUAUCAAUGUUCAGAACGGUUGUGCUGCACAAUAUUUUUGUAGAAACCGUGAUGCAUUUUAUUUGUCAGGAUUCUUUGAUGAAUAGAAAGUUCAAAAGAACAGCAUUUUCACACACGCAUAUGUGUAUAUAUUUAAGAAAUAUAGGUAAUAUAUAUUUAUCUUUAUAUAUAUAUAUAUUUAUUUAUAAAAUAUAAAUCAUAUUUAAAUAUUAAUAUAUAUAUAUGUGUAUGUGUGUAAAUAUUCCUUAAAUAUAUACAUGUACAGUCAAACCAAAAUGUAUUCAGACACCUUCAACAUUUCUCACAUUAUCAGUUUAUUCACUAUAGUUUAGAAAAUGGUAAUAAAAUAUGAGAAGAACUCUGAGUUAAACUGUGUCGGAACAAAUUCAUCUUCUUGAUAAUGUCAGAUAACUUUGAUAGAAAGGUAUGUAAUGAAUUGGGUUGAAUAGCUGUCAGCUGUUAGAUUUAAGUACGCAAUUAGAUAAAACCAAUUUAGCUCAAACAAUUACCAAGCAACGCUUCAUUUUGUUCAGUCUGUGAUGUAAAAAGGUCACAUUAGCAAUAAAAGAAAAAACACUUGAACAAAACAUGCUCAGUGGUUUUGUGGUUCCAAAUUUUUAUCAAUUUUACUGGUAGCCCACUGUAUGAAGUAUUAUUGGUAUAAUAUGUCACAGUUUACUUUAUUUUGCUAUCCUCACCUACAUGAACUAUAGUGUCCUGCACCCACUAUUGUUCAAAAAUUAUAUCUGGUGUCUGAAUAAUAAUAAUUUUUGGCUUGACUUUGUGUGUUUAUAUAUAUAUAUAUAUAUAUAUAUACACACACAAACUUUUAUUUUGGAUUUUAUAAACAUCUUUAGUGUCACUUAUGAUCAGUGUAAUGCGUCCUUGAUGAAUAAAAGUAUUAAUUUCUUUCAAAACUGUGCUUAUGAAAGGGCCUUUCAUUUCUUCAUUUUUUUACAAAUUACAUCUGUCCUGCAGAACCGACUCUUUCUGACGGUGAUUUCUUUACAUCACGUGUUUAUUUCGAAGUGGUAUCUUCCUUUGGUUCACUUUGAUCGAUCUAUGAAAACAUAGCCACUUAAUAUCUAGAAUUUUACUGAUGAUGGGUUUUUAUUAAUUCUUACAUUACAGCUGCAACUCUUAACAGUUAGUGUCCAGGUUUCAGAGUAACUCAAAAACACAAGCUCUUCAUUUUCUUCAUAGAGAACGAUGUUCAAUCUGUCAAAGUACCAAUACUCUGUGAGCCGAAGAAGACGUGGUGCUCUGAACUUCACAAACACAGCUGAUAUGAGCUGAGCGGGUUUUGUAGAUGCUGAUCAUUUAAUAGUUCACAUGACUGGGUCUUUCCCAUUGAAUGUAGCUGUAGAGUAUGUACUGUAGCAUCAUCAUCAUGUGUCUUGUGUAACUGUUGAGGGUACUAGCAGCAUGUAGUUUAGUCUUCGUGAGCAAUGUUCCUGGAUGUGCUGUAUAUUGCAUUUUAUUCCUUCUCAUUACUCUUUUUCAAACAGCUUGGCUCGUUGAUUGUUUUAUGAUCAAAUGAAGUGAAAAUCUUGAAUUAACAGAGCCAGAGAACAAGUUGGAUGCACUUGAUACUUUUGUAAGUUUUGUUAUCUGACCGCUUUCUUUACUGGGUUUAUUUGAGGGUUUUUUGGCCAAGAUUAAGGAGGUUUGUUACUUGAAGGCCUUAUUUCGGGGCAUGAAAGAGCACAAAAUAUAUAUAUAUAUAUAUAUAUUUAUGGAGUCUAAAACACUUUGUGCAUUAGCACUUUUAACGAUUUAUCUCCUAAAAUUCAUUAGUUUUAUGGCUCGGUGUUCAUUGGUGAAUCUCACAAAAUCUAAAAAAAAAAAAAAUACAAUUUUAAAUUAAAUUAAAACAAUAAAAUACAAUAAAUAAAUAUUGCUUAUAGAAAAUAAACAUUGUAAUACUUGGAAACAAAUUUGAAUUAAUUUAAUUUUUAUUAAUUAAUGGAAAAAAAAAGGUCUGUCUGGAUGCAUUACCUGAAAAUGUUUUUGUUGGAUUCACCCAUAUAUCAUCUCAAAUGCAUUUUAAUUUUCUACUUUUUUGUCAUUUAGAACAUAUUUAAAUCCAGCUACAUCCGUGUUGAUUCAGUUUGGAUUUGCAGUUGUAACUUUACAUGUUCCCUUGUUUUGUGUGUCGCUCCUCAGAGAAUGUUGUCUUCCAUUGAGUUGGGAAACACUGUGGCAUCGUGAAUGUAAACUUCAUGUCUUGCUCUCUGCCAUUUGAUUUUCCAGAUGUUUCCACACGUUUUGCUCUAAAGAUGUCGUUGCAUUGAGUACGCUUGUGUGUUUACUCACCGUGACACAUCUGUUCUUUUAUAUAACAGUGCGAAUCACAAAACACACUCAUCUGAUUUAAUUUACGCAAGAUCAAGUGAACAAUCGUAUUGUGUUUCCCUGCCAUUUAUUAAAAAAGCACUUAUGACAAAUUCAUGAGAAUGUAUCAGAAGGACAAAAUAAUGUCGGAACAAUUAUUGUAUAAUUGGCCACAUUUGACUGUUGACCCCUGGUGCCUUACAUGUGAUUUUAUUUUUUAAAUAUGAUAUUUAGAUCCUGAGCUGAUGGCGUUGUGCAGUGAAUCAUUUACUCACUUAUCAAUAUGAGGUGAGAAUACUAAUUUUAUAACAGGACAAUGAAUGUACGGAGCCAAUAAACUGUAAAUAACAAACAAUAUGAAGUGAAUACAUUUGUGGCAUCCUCAAAACAAAGCUGGUACAGCGUAUACAGUUUACUGAAUGUAAAUUAAGGUUGUCUUGUGUGUUGUAUCUCAUAUUUCUCUGUGAAAAACUUAAAUCUUGUUUAAUAGAGAAACCUCGGCAAAGCCAUAAUUCAAAUGUAUUAUUCAACUGUUUGUCUCACUUCGAAUUGCGUUUAAUAAAACUGAUUUUUCCCUA